AAGGUCGUGUUGUGUUUUCCCUUCCCGUUUGUAUGAAUUGUGUGUUUUAGCCAGCCGGUGUUGGUGAUGUGAUGGCUUUUCUGACUCUCUUCAAGCGAAGGCAGCUGCCGCCAGCCGUCAGCUGCUUCCUCAGAGCGGUGAAGCUGAAGCUGUCGGACCGCGGUGGAGCACCGCUGAGGCGGCUGCACGGCUCUGCGGGGCAGCGGGUCGGGGAGAAGGGGCCAUGGGGGAAGAACCAGCCACUGCAGCAGUACCAGCUCACAGACCUGGACAAGGCGGACGCUUUGAUGCUGAGGAAAUCACACGAAACAGGGUUCCUGUCGUGGUUCAGAAAUGGCCUGCUGGCGACUGGGAUUGGAGUCAUUGCUUUCGUCCAGAGUGAAGUGGGACAGGAAGCAGGUUAUGCCUUCUUCAUUCUUGGAGGCAUCUGUGUGUCGUUUGGCGGCGCCUCCUACAUUGGCAGUCUCUUUGCCAUGCGGAGGCUGAUGCUGCUGUCUGUGCCAGCUCUGCUGCUCCAGGGCGCUGUGGUGAGCAGCGUCGCCCUCUUCUGGCUCUGCGCCGUAUCGCUGUACAUCGGCCGUCUGGAGGUGGAGAUCAUCCACGAGGACGAGGAGGAAGGUGGAGAGGACGAGGGAGAGUGCCGGGAUUGCCGGGAGAGGCGGGAGAAGCGCGGUUACAGAGGCUCUCAGGACAGGGAGGACAGUGGCAGCAAGGGCCAAAAUAAGUAGAGAUCUUCCAGGAAAGCUGUGUGGGGGGGUUUGUUGCUCUGAUUCAGGGUUUCUCUUAUUUGUAUGCUUUUGCAAGAUGCACAUAUGUUCAUAUGAAGACCGCUUGUGAGCUUAAAGAUGCAAACUGUCAUCUACUGUCAUAAAAAAAACACAUAUUCAGGUGAAGAAAGACUUAACUAUUUUCUUUUUUAUUAUCUCUUAAAGUUGAUUUUUUUUUUAUUUUGCCCCUAAAGUCAACUAUAGAAAUGUCUAUGAUGCCCUUGGCAUAAGGAAAAAUCAUUUCUGAAUUGCCUUAAAGCUGCAACGGCAUGGUAGGGAUGCACCUGUAUCAGGUCCACAUUUUUCAAAGUAUGAGCAGGGCCCACAUCUUUUCAUGACAGUCUGAACAACACGGAUACAAUUUUUUUCAAUGCGACCCAGGCUGCUUGGCUCUGUGGUCCUGAAUCUGAUACGAAUCUUUUCAAAUGCAACCUACGUCUGAACGGUCAGGUCGCAUUCAUCUCACCUGAAUGUCACUCUUCUCCUUCUUGCGACACAGAAAUGGCAAGAAAUACAAGAUUAAUGGUGGACGAUAAUGCAGAGAGUAGUAUUUAUGUCUAACCAUCUUGGAAAGAUUGAGUUUUUAAGGUUGGGAAAGAUUGCUACAUGUUCUCCGGAACUACCAUCCAUGUUUAAUUCCGUAAACACAGGUCAUUUCAUCCUCUACUACGCAUGCGGGACACCUAGGUUGUAUGACUGCAGUUCACACAGGAGAUCACAUACAAGUCGCAUAUAUCUGGAAAUGUGAACAGCAACACAAAAAAAAAUCGAAAUUGAGCGUCAAGGCCUGCAGUGUUUACGUAGCCUAAGAGUCUUCCUACAACAUUUAAUCAUGAACACAAUUGGAGAAGCGUUUUACAUUAAAAGAUUACAUCAUGCUUAAACUCAAAGUCUCAAAACAAUAAAAAUAAACAGUUUAUUGAAACUUCCGGUUAUUAAAACAGUGUUCAUGCUUAGUGUGCAAAGGCUGAAGUCCUUUACAUUAAGGUUGGAAAUUCAAUACAUUGGAGUUAAUCCUGCUCCUGCAGCUCCUGCAGCAAAGUCAUGAUUUUCCUGUAGAUUUAGCAGUUAGGAUCUUCGCUCACCAGCUUGGGUUCAUGGUCUGUGAGCAUGGAGGCCAGUUGGGAAGAGAUUCGCUGGAUGCGGUUGGAGCACGGGUGUCAGAAACGUCAGGUCUUUGAUGUUGCCCUUUCUCUUCGAUGUAUUCAUGUACUCAUGCAUCCUUAUAAGGGCAACAAUACUAAAGAACCAAAUGCAGGCAUCGUUUUCCCUGCUUCCACACUAUAGGCCAGUCCAGUAAGUAAGUAGGUUAUGUGGGGGUAUUUCCAAAUGAUCCGCAAGUCGAAUUACAAUCCAGACUCUGAUCUGUAAGCAGACCUUGGCUGAUUUUGAAAGCUUUAGGGGUUAUUUUUAAUGCAGGAACACCUGGAGGUAUGUUCAGCUAUUUUGACUAGAGAAGGAAAAAUAAAUUAAUCUUUAUUGUUCUGGAUUCAAGGUAAAAGUCCAACUUUGUCUGUUUAGAGUAUCAGGGAAUAUGUUCAAAGCUUUUUAUUAUGACUAACUUUUUACCUACUAUUCUUAUCCCUUCCUGGAAUCAACUACUACAAAAAAGAACUAAAAUGCUUGUGUUGACUGAUAUAGGUGCAUCUUUGCCAUAGCAUGCUAUCGCAUUAGGCUCAUCUUAAAGCUUAGCCAAGCCCUAAACACAUUAUUACAACUCUGAUAUUAUUUAUAGCUAAUAAAACGAGCUGUUGCCGUCUCUGUGCAGAGGUUCUAAGAGAACCGCUUCCUCUCAGCAAUGAGCUGAAAUGAUCACUGAUGGGAGAAAGUGGGCAUGUUUACACGGCAGGGGCGGCACAGUCAAGGUAGGUCAAGAACUACCCAAGGCAGGCAUGAAUCAAGUGAAAUACCACUUUAGGUUUUGAUCAGGAAAGAAAUAAGAGCAAUAUAAGUUAAAGUCAAAAUGUAUUUUCCUUUUUAUGUAUAUAUGGACAUGCUUCUGUUUCCGUUUGUGCCGCUGUAUGCAGUCAGUUUCCUCUCAGCCAGCUGUUCUUUGCUGUUUGUUUUACCAACCUGAACCUGACUGAUCAAUUCAACUUUUGUAUGCUGUUAAUGUUGGGGGGUGGGUGAAAAAUGUCAGUUUACUUGUUUCAGAGUGAUUUUAUUUAAAAUAGUCGAAACACAUGAGGGCUUAAGACUUUUAUUUACAUUUUUUAAUUUUUUUAAAACUACGACAGCACUUUUGGGCUUUGAUUUUUGUCGCUUUAGUUCCUCUAAACUGUUUGGAAAAAGAACACUCUUCACAGAUACGACUGUGAUCAUUUAUUUUGUUCUGUCUUUGAUACAUAUGUACAAUACCAAAUGAUAUCCAAAAACUUUUUAGAGUGAAUUACACAUAUUUUAUCUACAUACGUUCUGUUUAUAAUGGAUGUAAAGAGUAGGUGCUGCUUGUAUUGAAUUUGUUUUAUGGAAAAUGGGGGGGGUUGUUAUUGUUUACCUUUUGUGCACAACAGUGCAUUCAGUAAUAAAUGC